GUUGUUCAAAUGUUGGUUUGGUCCUGGUACCAUCAGUUCUCUUUAGUGUUUGCCAAUGUUGGAGGUGUAACUGGGGUCUGGCCCUGGACGAAGCGAUAGAGCAUGGCUCAAGUGAAAGUGCAGACAUCAGCCCCCUUGUCUGGACCUGGCCUGACUGCCGUUGCACCCGCUGUGGCCAUGCCCAGCCCAGGAGCUCUGGGUCUGCAGCCCACCAUCAAUGGCACAGUGCCAGCCACAACGCCCACCUGCCCCAGCCCUGCCUCUGGCUUUGUGGACUCCACUGUACCAGCCAGCCCGUCAGGCCCUCCUCAAGAAAACAUGGCAAACCCUAAAGAGAAAACUCCCAUGUGUUUGGUGAAUGAGUUAGCCCGUUUCAACAGGAUUCAACCUCAAUACAAUUUGCUGAAUGAGAAAGGGCCAGCACAUGCUAAGAUCUUCACGGUGCAGCUGUGCUUCGGGAACCAGGUAUGGGAGUCAGAAGGCAGCAGCAUCAAAAAGGCUCAGCACUCCGCAGCUACCAAGGCCCUGACAGAAAGCGUCCUCCCCCAGCCUCUGCCCCGCUCACCUAAAGCCGACUGCAACAGCAACCCAGGCAGCAUCACUCCUACAGUGGAGUUGAAUGGCUUGGCCAUGAAGCGAGGGGAGCCAGCUAUAUACAGACCCCUGGACCCCAAACCCAUUCCCAACUACAGAGCCAAUUACAACUUUAGAGGAAUGUUCAACCAGAGGUACCAUUACCCAGUGCCUAAGGUAUUUUAUGUGCAGCUGACAGUGGGGAACAACGAGUUUAUCGGAGAGGGGCGGACUCGCCAAGCUGCCCGACACAAUGCGGCCAUGAAAGCCCUUCAAGCCCUGAAGAACGAACCCAUUCCAGAGAGACCACCUCAGUGUUCAGAGGAGAAGAAAGAAACGGAGGAGAACAGCGAUGCCAGCAAAUCUGAGAUCAGCCUGGUCUACGAGAUCGCCCUUAAGAGGAACCUGCCUGUUAACUUUGAGGUAAACUUAGCUACUUUAAUUGAGAAUAUAAAGAUUGUGCCCAAGAAGCGGCCUAUGACCGUAUUAAAGACAGGACCAGAGUAUGGACAGGGCAUGAACCCUAUUAGCAGACUGGCUCAGAUUCAACAGGCCAAAAAGGAGAAGGAGCCCGAAUAUAUGCUGCUUUCAGAGAGAGGAAUGCCUCGCAGGAGAGAAUUCAUCAUGCAGGUGAAAGUAGGUACCGAGGUGACCACAGGAACUGGUCCCAAUAAGAAAGUGGCCAAGCGCAAUGCAGCUGAGGCCAUGCUGCUUCAACUGGGCUACAAGGCAUCUACACCAUUACAGAACACUCUGGAAAAGAUGGACAACAAAGGCUGGAAUGGACAAAGGGCUGAUUUUCCUGAAACAACGACCAACACACAAAAAGGAAUUCUUCACCUCUCCCCAGAUGUGUAUCAAGAAAUGGAAGCGAGCCGGAAUAAGGGAGUCCCCGGUGCCCCUGGAAACUACAUGACACCCAAAGACAUUGAUCAAGGGUCCACAGGGCCAUUCUACACCCCGUCGGUGGGCAGCACCGCAACGAUUGCACGAGAGCUGCUGCUAAGCGGGACGUCGCCCACCGCUGAGGCCCUGAUCCUGAAGGGAAAAGCACCUGCUUUGGCCUGUGGCUCCAUCCAGCCUUCCCAGCAGCUGGAGUACUUAGCUCACAUUCAAGGCUUCCAGGUGCAAUACUCCGAUCGGCAAACUGACAAAGAGUUUAUGACCUACCUGACCCUCUCACCUGUGCAGAUGACUUUCCACGGCAUUGGGAGCUCCAUUCCAGCUAGCCAUGACCAGGCUGCUCUUAGUGCCUUGAAACAGCUGUCAGAACAAGGACUGGACCCGGUGGAUGGACCAAUGAAGGUAGAAAAUGGAUCAUGUGACAUACAAGUGAAACGUCUAGCCGAGAGGACGGACAGCAAACCGACUAACUCAGGCACCACUGCUCAGGACUGCAAGGAUUCAAAGGCCGUCGUCUAGGAGCUGAACCCACCCCCCGAAAGCCCCCACGACCGCCGCUGCAUCCUUCUACACGUGUCAACAUGCAAUAUGGUGGAUGUGUCCCAUGAUACGAAAUGACAAAAAAUGCAUUCUUUGAGUCUAUGUGAAGACAACACUAUCUUAACACAUUUAUUUACUCUAGAGUUAACUAAAAAUAACAAGUAAGUGAACUUAAAAAAAAAAAUAGAUAAAAAUGUAAUGCAUGGUAAUGUUAAAAAAUCAAGGGAAAUUUCCCCAUUUGAUGUUUGAAUAUUAUUUUCACCUUGCCUCCAAGUGAUAUGGAUUUAAACAGGCUUAUGUCAUGCCAUUAGUAUAAAAAAACAUUAUUGGGGAAAACAAAGUUGUGUAUCUUAUUUGGGGGGUUAUUAUUAUUUUCCUUUUCUCUUUAAUCUAUGAAUAAUAAUGCUUGAGUAUUUAAAGAUUAACCGAUGCCAGUGCUGUGAAGUCGUAGUUGUUGUCUUCAUAUAUAGUCACCCAGCUUAUGCUUAUGCCAGUAUGCUGACAUAAAGCAUUCAUCUAUCUAUAUGGAUGUAUAUGACUUGUAGAAUAUCAUAUGCAGAGGAAAAGAAAAACAUAUACUACGAGUAUAAACCAAUGGAUAAAACUGAUGCUAGAGGUCAACAGCACAGGAUCACCUAUGAUACAGCUGAUCCAUAGUGUCCAGUUGAACAAACAACCCUAUUGCCUUCUAUAACGCUCCUUGAAAUUAGAAUUUCGUUAAAGAUUCUUGACAGAAACACAAGAGGCCCUGAAUAGGUAUCUACAGGUACGCCUCUUAAGCGAAGUCCUGUUUGAUGAUUGUUUUCUUCUCCCUUCAGUUUUGUCCAGCACAUCUACACCUAUGUUGUGUGUUGUAUUGACUCGAUACAUCAACUGAGUGCUUUUAAGGACUGCAUUCUGGAGAAAAGAGAGGCGGUGAUCAAUAGAGACAGGCUGUCUUUUCAAAACGGUCGAGUCGUAAAACAAUUAUCUGAAGCUGGUAACUCGCUGGAAGAGCGUUUUUCUCUUCCUUGAAGAUAUACGGUGUAAUAACAGACAUGUCAGUUUCUUAAGAUGCAGUAAAAUCACAUCAGUUCAUGUCGAAA